GAGGCUGAGCCCAGCCAGUCUGUCAGCCCGCGGCCUCCAGAGCUGCUCUUCGCGCCGGAGCCCGGGACGCGGCGCCCCGGGGGAGGAGGGCGAAGGGCCGCGGCGAUGGCUCCGCCGGGGCUCCUGGAGUCCGCCGUCCUCGCCGCUGCUGUCUUCGUGGGAGGCGCCGUGAGUUCGCCGCUCGUGGCCCCGGACAAUGAUGGCAGCCGCCUGUUACACUCCAGAACUGAGACGACGCCCUCGCCCACGAACAAUGGAAAUGGACACCCAGAAUACAUCGCGUACGCACUUGUCCCUGUGUUCUUCAUCAUGGGUCUCUUCGGCGUCCUCAUCUGCCACCUGCUUAAGAAGAAAGGCUAUCGUUGUACAACAGAAGCUGAGCAAGACGUGGAAGAAGAAAAGGUUGAAAAGAUAGAGUUGAACGACAGUGUAAAUGAAAAUAGUGACACCGUUGGGCAAAUUGUCCACUACAUCAUGAAAAACGAAGCAAAUGCUGAUGUUUUAAAGGCAAUGGUAGCAGAUAACAACCUGGGUGAUCCUGAAAGCCCAGGGUCCCCUAGCAGUCCUGGGAGCCCGCCUGUGAGCCCCGGGCCCUUGUCGCCAGGUGGCACCCCAGGGAAGCACAUCUGCGGCCACCAUCUGCACACAGUGGGUGGUGCUGUCGAGCGGGACGUGUGUCAGCGAUGUAGGCACAAGCGGUGGCACUUCAUAAAACCCACCCACAAGGCCAAAGAGGGCCGCUCAAGGCGCCAAGGAGAAGUUACUGUCCUCUCUGUGGGCAGGUUUAGAGUUACGAAAGUGGAACACAAGUCAAAUCAGAAGGAGCGGAGAAGUUUAAUGUCAGUUAGCGGGACCGACAGCGUCAAUGGGGAGGUGCCCAUGACACCCGUGAAGAGAGAGCGAAGUGGCACAGAGUAGCAGGAGUGACUUUAUGUGAAGACUUCUAAGAGACUGAAAACUUAUGACAUAUAAAGUUGCCUAGGGAAUUAUUUUUUUAUCUUUUAUACAAUUUCUAUGGUGGAGUCUGCAGGCAUGUAGAUGAAAGCUAAAAGGGAAUACUGUUGCUAUGCUGGAUACAGAAUUCAGUUUGCUUUGAAACAAGUUUUGGUUUAAAAAUGUCUGAUGCAAAAUUUAUUACAUUUCCAGGGAGGAAAAGAGCUCAUGUUUUUGUCUUCCCAACCACCACCCCUCCCAAUCCCCCAUCUGUGGCCUUGGUGUACACACUGCAAUUUUUCCAGUAUGAUAACUAUGUACAGUGGAACUAUAUGUGUAUAGUCUGAGCUAAUGUUCAGGGUGUGUGUGUCUGUGAACUAUAUGUGUAUAGUCUGAGCUAAUGCUCAGGGUGUGUGUGUCUGUGAACUAUAUGUGUAUAGUCUGAGCUUAUGCUCAGGGUGUGUGUGUCUGUGAACUAUAUGUGUAUAGUCUGAGCUAAUGCUCAGGGUGUGUGUGUCUGUGUGUGCGUGUGUGUGUAUGUACACACAUGUCUGUGUGCCUGGGCUUCUGUUCCCCCAACCCUUAGAUCUCAUUUUGCUACUGGUUGUAAGAUGAUCCCCUUACAGUUUAACUGUUACAAAAGAUAAAAGAUGAAUCUUUGGUGGUGAAGGCUCCUUGAAGAUAUAGUCUAACCCUGGGCAGUUGAUCCCCCAAGAGAUCAUGGAGUCAGAGGGAACCAGAUGCUAGAUUUUGGAUUCAGAGACGAGAAAUCAGCACUGACCUGCUACCAGCAUGCCACUCCUAGGUCACUUAUAAAAUAUUGAGAGUUUUGGUUGUUUUUUGUUUGUUUUAACUCAAGCUAAGAAAAUCUUAUUUAGCCAUUGAAUAAAGGGGGAAAUGGUUUAAAGUCACUAAAAAAAAAAAGUCUUGUUUUGACAACUCAAGGCUAAAACAAAACAAGACGAUCUCCACUUCUGGUGCAAGAUGGACCCACACCUUCCUCUGGUAUGUUUUGCUUGGUGUUCUUCCUGUUCUCCAUCUUGUAGCUAGUGCCUGUUAUUUAAAGGAUUCUUGAGGGUUACUUUCCCCUGUAGGUGUGGAAUACCCCACUUUAAAAAAAAAAAAAAAAGCUUUACAGUUUACAGAACACCUCAAAGAACCCAGAGGUGAAGGUAGUAGUACAUUUAUGGGAGGUCUGGGCCAAGAGGUUGGGGAGUCCAGGUAUAGGGAAAUCUUCAAGACCUGCCUCCAUGUUGGUAUAGUGCCUUGGCACUUCCUUUAUUUCAAAAAAGAAAGCACAAUUCUCAUUUGACUCCCAAAAGAUGAUUCCCAUGAAAAUGUACUUUAAAGUAUCCAUUCUUUUUCUGUCACCAGACUAAAAACAUCUAACCUUUUAAAUGAAUGGUAGGUUCAAUUUCAUGUGAAUUUUUGCUGACAACUAAUUAAAAGCUGUACAUGUGUACGUGCAUACACACAGUAGACCAGGGGAAGGCAAUAUGGAAAUAAAUUUCACGGUGGUCCAGAAAGUAGCAAUAUAGGAAUUUUGGGGGUGUGUAUUAGUGUAAAUAAUAUGCGUGCAGUCUAGACCAAUAGUUUUAGUUUUAUAAAGAGGAAUCAUUUUUUGUUUUAAAAAUAUUAUGCCCCCGGAAUGGUGAGGAAUAAAGUGUAAGAUAUUCUUCAGCUUUAAUUAUUUUAUAAUUUUAUUCAGGUCAGAUCGCUUGUUUUUUUUUAAUAGCAAUACAACAGGCAAGAGAAUACUCAAAAUAUUUAAAUUGUAUUUAUACCAAGAGUAUGUUUUAAAUAUUUUCUAAUACUUGAGCAGUUGUUGUCUGACUGGCUUCCAAAUAUGCCAAAAGUUAAGCAUUCAAUAUUUUCAACAUGUAUGCUUUUUACUGGUUUAUAUUACCUAAUAAGAAUCUUUAAGUGUUCCCAAAGCAACGGACGUUUACAGGCCUUUUGUGUUUUUCCUCCUUUAGAAGGCUUGGAGACCCACAACAAAGUUACUCUAUAAAACACUAAUGAUGGACUAACUUCUGAUGUAAUAAAUGAGUUGGCUACCACCUCAAUGUAAAAAUUUGUAAAGGAAAUUUUUCACCGAGUGUCAAAUGUAUUUUUAACUGUCUGGUUUGUACUUCUAUGACUUUUGUACUACCAAAGCAGAGUUAAAAAUAAAAACUUUAAACAGA